CCCGGCCGGUCGGCCCCUUCUGGGUCCUCCCUUUGCAGCCCGUGCGGGGCCGUCUCGGAGACCCCGCGCCGACGGCUGCUCAAACAUCAGGCUGGCCCCUGAAAGGACACUCUCCAAGUCCCCAGCGGGGGGCCCCGCGUAGACCUGGAGCGGACACCCCCUCCUUCCCUUCAUGAUUCGUUUGUAGCGCAGUGGCGAUGGAUGAUGAGGAUGGGAGAUGCUUACUAGACGUGAUUUGUGACCCUCAGGCCCUCAAUGACUUCUUGCAUGGAUCCGAGAAGCUGGACAGCGAUGACCUCCUGGAUGCCCCUGGGGAGUCCCAAAGUGCCUUCUAUGAAGGUCCUGGGCUCCAUGUGCAAGAAGCUCCUGGCAACCACCUGAACCCAGAGCCCAGCCAGCCGGCGCCCAGUGUGGACCUGGACUUCCUGGAAGAUGACAUUCUGGGCUCGCCCGCCACAGGGGGCGGCGGGGGCGGCGGGGGCGCCGACCAGCCCUGCGACAUCCUGCAGCAGAGUCUCCAGGAAGCCAACAUCACCGAGCAGACGCUCGAGGCCGAGGCCGAGCUGGACCUGGGUCCCUUCCAACUGCCCACCCUGCAGCCCGCGGAUGGUGGGGCCGGUCCCACGGGUGCUGCAGGGGCAGCCGCUGUGGCGGCAGGACCCCAGGCCCUCUUCCCAGGCAGUGCCGACCUUCUGGGGCUGCAGGCCCCACCCACUGUGCUGACCCACCAGGCCUUGGUCCCCCCCCAGGACAUGGUCAACAAGGCCCUGAGUGUCCAGCCCUUCUUGCAGCCCGUAGGCCUGGGCAAUGUGACCUUACAGCCCAUCCCAGGCCUCCAGGGCCUGCCCAAUGGCAGCCCUGGGGGGACCACAGCGGCCACCCUUGGCCUGGCACCCAUCCAGGUGGUGGGGCAGCCUGUCAUGGCGCUCAACCCACCCACCUCCCAGCUGCUGGCCAAGCAGGUGCCUGUCAGCGGCUACCUGGCCUCAGCAGCUGGGCCCUCAGAGCCAGUGACCCUGGCUUCAGCUGGUGUGUCCCCCCAGGGGGCUGGCCUGGUCAUCCAGAAGAGCCUCCCGGCGGCCGUAGCCACUACACUCAACGGGAACUCUGUGUUCGCGGGGACGGGGGCAGCCACAGCAGCAGCCAGCGGGGCACCCUCAGGACAGCCCCUGGCGGUGGCCCCUGGCCUCGGCACAUCGCCACUGGUGCCAGCACCCAAUGUGAUUCUGCAUCGCACCCCCACACCCAUCCAGCCCAAGCCUGCAGGCGUGCUGCCCCCCAAGCUCUACCAGCUGACGCCCAAGCCGUUCGCCCCCACGGGCGCCACACUCACCAUCCAGGGCGAGCCAGGGACCCUGCAGCAGCCGCCCAAGGCCCCCCAGAACCUGACUUUCAUGGCAGCGAGCAAGGCAGGCCAGAACGUGGUGCUCUCGGGCUUCCCGGCGCCCGCCCUGCAGGCCAACGUCUUCAAGCAGCCCCCUGUCACCACCACGGGCGCAGCCCCAUCCCCGGCCCCCGGGACCCUGAACAAGUCCAUGAGCCUCCACCUCCUGAACCAAGGCAGCAGCAUCGUCAUCCCAGCCCAGCACAUGCUGCCCGGCCAGAACCAGUUCCUGCUGCCCGGCACGCCUGCCGUCCAGCUCCCCCAGUCGCUCUCAGCCCUGCCGGCCAACGUGGGGGGACAGAUCCUGACCGCCGCCGCCCCCCAUGCAGGUGGACAACUCAUCGCCAACCCCAUCCUCACCAACCAGAACCUGGCAGGCCCGCUGAGCCUGGGCCCUGUGCUGGCCCCGCACUCAGGGGCCCACAGUGCUGCCCACAUCCUCUCAGCCGCCCCUAUCCAGGUGGGCCAGCCCGCACUCUUCCAGAUGCCCGUGUCACUCGCUGCCGGCAGCCUGCCCACACAGAGCCAGCCGGCACCCACUGGCCCUGCUGCCACCACCGUCCUCCAGGGGGUCACGCUGCCCCCCAGUGCCGUGGCCAUGCUCAAUACUCCCGAUGGGCUGGUGCAGCCGGCUACCCCCGCUGCCACCGCCGGGGAGGCCACACCGGUCCUCACGGUGCAGCCCGCUCCCCCAGUCCCCCCAGCGGUCAGCACGCCACUGCCUCUGGGCCUCCAACAGCCUCAAGUGCAGCAACCCCCACAGGCCCCCACCCCUCAGGCUGCUGCCCCACCUCAGGCUACCACCCCCCAGCCCAGCCCAGGACUGGCAUCCAGCCCGGAGAAGAUCGUCCUGGGGCAGCCACCCUCUGCAGCCGCCACAGCCAUCCUCACUCAGGACUCCCUGCAGAUGUUCCUGCCCCAGGAGAGGAGCCAGCAGCCCCUCUCCACAGAGGGCCCCCACCUCUCCGUGCCUGCCUCGGUCAUAGUCAGCGCCCCGCCUCCCGCCCAAGACCCAGCCUUGGCCACCCCCACCGCCAAAGGAGCUGGCCUCGGCCCUCAGGCCCCCGACAGCCAGGCUUCCCCGGCUCCAGCCCCCCAGGUAGAUGAACCCCAGCAGCCUCUGUCCUUGGCUGAGACCCAGCCUCGCCCCUGCUCCUGCUCUCCUCCCCGCUCUGCCCUGCCUGCCUCUGUCUCGCUGACUCCCCCUGGCCCCCUGCCCCCCCCACCUAUCCAUAUUUUCUCCCCGCCCCGCCCAGGCCUCCCUCCUCUGCUUCCUGCCGAGAGCAAAACUUUUGCCAGCAACCUCCCAACCCUGAGUGUGGCCAAGGCCGCUGUAUCCGGGCCAGGGAAGUCCUCCGGGCUGCAGUACGAAAGCAAGCUGAGCAGCCUCAAGAAGCCCCCCACGCUGCAGCCCAGCAAGGAGGCCUGUUUCCUAGAGCAUUUGCACAGACACCAGGGCUCGGUCCUGCACCCCGACUACAAGACGGCCUUCCCCUCCUUCGAGGACGCCCUGCAUCGCCUCCUGCCCUACCACGUCUACCAGGGUGCCCUCCCCUCCCCCAACGACUACCACAGAGUGGACGAGGAGUUUGAGACGGUCUCCACGCAGCUGCUGAAGCGCACCCAGGCCAUGCUUAAUAAAUACAGGCUCCUGCUCCUGGAAGAGUCCCGGAGGGUGAGCCCCUCAGCUGAGAUGGUAAUGAUCGACCGAAUGUUCAUUCAGGAGGAGAAGACCACCCUUGCCUUGGAUAAACAGCUUGCCAAGGAGAAGCCAGACGAGUAUGUGUCUUCCUCACGCUCCCUUGGCCUCCCUGUCUCAGCCUCUUCCGAGGGUCAUCGGCUGACUGGCCACGGCCCACCAUCGUCCUCAGCUUCCGGGGCCUCAGCCCAGCCCCCUCCACACCUGCCCACCAAGCUCGUGAUCCGCCACGGUGGAGCGGGUGGCUCCCCGUCGGUGACCUGGGCCAGGGCAUCGUCCUCCCUGUCCUCCUCGUCCUCCUCCUCUGCGGCCUCAUCCCUGGAUGCCGACGAGGACGGCCCAAUGCCCUCCCGCAACCGCCCACCUAUCAAGACCUAUGAAGCCCGGAGCCGCAUCGGCCUCAAGCUCAAGAUCAAGCAGGAGGCCGGGCUCAGCAAGGUCGUGCACAACACGGCCCUGGACCCUGUGCACCAGCCCCCGCCUCCGCCCCCUGCCGCCCUCAAGGUGGCCGAGCCCCCGCCCCGGCCCCCACCGCCCCCGCCGCCCACGGGCCAGAUGAACGGCACUGUGGACCACCCGCCGCCCGCCGACCGCAAGGCCGCGGUGCCCUCCGCGCACUGCCCGCGCCUGCCGCUCCGGAAGACCUACCGUGAGAACGUGGAGGCGCCCGGCGCUGCGGAGAGCACAGGCAGGGCCCGGGGCGGCAGUCCUGCCCCGCUGCCCACCAAAGUGGACGAAGCCACCAGCGGGCUCAUCCGCGAGCUGGCAGCCGUGGAGGACGAGCUGUACCAGCGCAUGCUGAAGGGGGCCCCGCCCGAGCCCGCAGCCAGCGCCGGCCAGGGCGGGGGCAGCGGGGAGGCCGCCUGGGAGGCGCCCCCGCUGCCACCUGCCAAGCGGCGCAAGUCCGAGUCCCCCGAUGUGGACCAGGCCAGCUUCUCCAGCGACAGCCCGCAGGACGACACGCUCACCGAACACCUUCAGAGCGCCAUCGACAGCAUCCUGAACCUCCAGCAGGCCCCCGGCAGGACGCCCGCACCCCCGUACCCUCACGCCGGCCCCGCGGCCGUCACGCCCACCUCGCCGUCGCCCCUGCACAGGCCCGAGGCCUACCCACCCUCCAGUCACAACGGCGGCCUCGGCGCCAGGACGUUGAACAGAUAACACCGGCUGGUCUUCCCUUCCCUGUCGCGGCCACCAGGGCAUCCGCUGGGCAUCCGACCAUAGCCUCCUGGGGGACACAGCCGAGCCGGGGAUCCCCUGACAGUUCUUUUUGCCUAAGUUAUUUGAGUCACAAAGGCCUCCUCCCCGCCUCCUGCCUCUGCAGAGUGGGCAGAGUGGGCGUGGGCUUAGGGGAGGGGGCUGCAAUGGAGAAUGGCCCCAGCCAAAGGAGGGGCCGCCCUGGUGUGUCAGUUCUUGUUUCUUCCCACUUUCUGCCACCGCCCGCCCCUGUCUGGGGACACGUGUGAGUGUUUGCCUGGGAUGGGGGCACCUGGUGGCUCCCACUGCUCACCUCUAGGUACCUGAAUGUGUGGAUCCACAGAUCAUGGCCCAGGGCGCUGGGGCUGGGGGUGUCCUCCGGGUUCGCGCAGCGUCUCCCCAGCGCCCCCCACUGGCUGUAAAAGGAAACCGGAGAAGAGGACAGGAGCCAGUGUCCCAGACCGCCUGCCUCGCAGGCGUGUGCGUGUCCAGCCCUGUGCCUGGUCUCGGUGUGUGUGUGUGUGUGUGUGUGUGUGUGUGUGUGUGUACGUACGCGUGCGUGGGCGCGCGUGCAGGUGAGAGAGGUUCCCACAUGCUCCCACCCCUCCACUUUGAAAUCUGAGCAACAGAAAACUGGGGGCACCUCCCCCUUCCCCCAUGGUCUUCCCUCUGCUCUUCCUGCCUCCAGCUGCCCGCGCCACGUUUUGAAAUCUCGGAGACAAAACUAGUACUGUAAGAUAAAUUUUUUUGUACUGUAUUUAUUGUGUAUAACGAUUUUUUUAAAGGAGAAUUCUGUACAUUUAGAACUCUUGUAAAUUAAAAACUGAUCCUUUUUUUAAAACUGUA